AUGUACACGACCCCGCCACGUCCCGUUUCUGCUGCCGCGCCCAUAUCGAGCUGUCGAUGGAAGCGUGGCCGGCCCGUUGCCUCGAGCAGCAGCAUCAGCAACAGCAAGUUCAGUCCUCGCAGAGAUUCUGGGACCUCUGCACAACCAUCGUCGACAGUACCGGCUUCUGGCGCUACAGUGCGACCAGGGCUCUGGGACCCGACUCAAGGCUUGCGCUUCGCCCCAGGCGUUCUUGCCAAAACGUACCAUACCGAACACAGAGAACUAGGCACAGAUGCUGGGCCUCUGUGCGACAACCAUGUCCAUGAUGCAGUCGGCCGCAUCAACGCCGUCCCGUCAACAUCGACACCCCACAGCCCAAAAGUGAAGCAGAGCGAUGAAAAGACGGGGCAAUGGGAUCCUAGAAAUGACUCCAGAGACGCAGGCAGCCUCCCGUUGGAUGGCGCAGCCAUGUCAGCAAAUGCAGAGGCUCCAGAAGGACUGUCUGCUCCAGCUAGUCCCGCCAAGUCAACAGACCAGACCACCACACAAGAGCUCGACGAAGACACACCAGAGGCACCCGAGCCCCUUUCCUAUCAGAUCCCAGAGGACAGGCUACGGGCUGCCAUGCUCGCAGCUCCCAAGACCCGCGGUAGCUACUGGAGCACGAGACUCUACCAGGGGCCAGAGGGCGAGGCUCUCAAAAUACACUACUGCAAGUCGAAAGACGUUGCAGAACGUGUCGCAAAGAGAUUUCUGGACCAGAAAGUCCUGGGGUUCGACAUUGAAUGGAAGCCAUUUGGCAUCCCCUCAUCAAUUAAACAAAAUGUAUCUCUGAUACAAUUGGCUUGUGAGGACAGAAUCGCCCUCUUUCAUAUUUCCCUAUUCGAAGGUACAGCAGUGGAAGAACUGAUGCCACCAAGUCUAAAGGCCGUGCUAGAGUCACCGGACAUCUAUAAAGUGGGUGUCGCCAUCAAGGGUGACUUCAGCCGCCUCGCGAGAUAUCUUGGAAUCCAGGCCAGGGGUGUAUUCGAAUUGAGCCGUCUCCACAACCUCGUGCAAUAUUACGAGGCAGAUCCAAAGCAGGUUAAUAAUAGGCUUGUGGGUCUUGCCGCACAAGUCCAUCAACACCUGCAAUUACCACUGUACAAAGGCGAACCACUAGACGAUGAUCCAGAAACUAGCUCUAGUGUCCGUGAAAGUGACUGGAGUCUCCCAUUGGGCUUCUCGCAGAUUCACUAUGCAGCAGCCGAUGCCUAUGCAGGCUUUCGAUUGUACGACGCGUUGGAACGGAAGAGAGCACAACUAAAGCCUACACCUUCUGCAAUCCUGGUGUGUGACUAUGACCAAGCUCCAAAGCCCAAAAGCCCCCGGAAGACCAAAAAGAAAACAGUCGCAACCAAAGAUACCAGCGAUGAAUCAGCCACAUCAACAGUCGACGAGGUGGAAAUCGAACAGGAUGAUGACAAAGAGAGUGACGAAUAUGAAACGGCUCCUCAGGAACUCAUGACCAGUCAACGACCCAAGAAUACCAAUUCGGUACUCUCGUCGCAACGAAGCGAUGCCACAGGAAGCAGCGAUAUUUCUGUCACCAGGCGUGUGGGCCGGAUCAAGCUGCCGACGUUACGAGGUCCUGAUCCUGCAUACCCUGUGCUGCCUCGAGCUGAUACUCCAGAUUCAACGAAAAGCUCAUUACUGAGCGAACUUGAAGAUGAUGACGUCUCUGAGACUAGCUCCACGAGCAACUUUGACAAGACUUACGUCUACAAAGCAGUCGUGUCAGCCGAACUCGAGAGUGACAAUGAAUUCGCCGAUGCUGAGCUGGAGGAAGCGCUUCAAGGCCUGACACUGGACAGCAACGGAUGUCUGGAAGAGAGUAGGGCGAAGGCCUGCAGAGAUAAAAAUGAACAAGAGCGUGGCUCGUCGACGGUGUCACCACUCGCCACUGGUGCUCUCCAGAUUACUUCUGUAGGCUGCAAGGAUGAGAAGAAGUUACUGGCUGAUGCAGGCAAACGCAGCGAAGAUGUUGGUAGCUCCAGCGAAGUGCGUGCCGAUCUGAAACAGAGUCAAACGACAGAGUCACCCCAGUACGUACAAGCAACAGAUUGGGCACAAGACUACCUUCGAGCCACAAUUCCCUCGCCUACAGCCACGACACCCUCACGUCUUCGUGCAACGAUUCCUCACCUGCGUGCCUACCACAUGUGGCACCAUCAGCAAUUGGCCGUGGAGACGAUUGCCGAGCAUCUACGUGAACCACCACUCUCACUGAGCACUGUACAAAGUUAUAUCUUGCAAGCAAUCACCAUGGAGAAGUUGGAGUAUGACGGGAACUCGCUCAAGGAAGUUAUACUUGCGAUGCCUGUUAGUCAGCGGAAGGGACGUUGGAGGUGGCUGGCGGAGAGGAUUGGUGCGCUCUAG